AUGUGUGUGACUGAAGACUUCUUUGGUGACAUAAAUCCUUUAAACUAUCACACUAACUUUGGUAUACCUAAAGCCAAAGCAUUAUUAAGAGACGUAUUGCAUAAAAAAAUAAUUAUUAGUGAAAUUACCGGAGGAGAAAUCACCCGCAUACAAGAUGUUCCUUAUCAAGCUGGAUUGAUAAUACAUCUCAGUGAGCUCAUAACUUCUGUUUGUGGAGGUUCUUUGAUAAGUAGCACGCGUGUACUCACCGCAGCCCAUUGCUAUGAUGACGGUGUAAAGGUGACCAUAUCAUACACAGUUGUUCUUGGUACCAUGAACUUGUUUAAAGGCGGACGACGCAUUGACACGGAUCAAGUGACUGUCCAUCCUAUGUGGAAUCCAACGAUUUCGGAGAAUGAUCUCGCUAUAUUACAUAUACCUAAGAUAAAAUUCAGUGGUCUUAAAAUAACAUCCGAUCAAUAUCUGAGUUCGGUAUCUCUGACAAUAAUUUCUAACGAGGAAUGCGCUGCCGUAUAUCCUGAGAUCAUCCAAGAUUCCCAUGUUUGCACCAUAGGGAACAACACUGCAAGCACGUGUCAUGGCGACUCAGGAGGCCCACUUGCUGUCAAAAUACACGGAAAAAGUAUUCUGGUAGGCGGAAAAAGUACUUCAUGGUAUUUGUAUGUGACGUCAGAAUAA